AGGCACAUUUCAGCCUCUGCUCUGGGAAUUUAUCCUGAGCAGCCCCUAACAGUCUAUUCCUUCUCUACAACUGAGAUAUGAUCAUCUUAAUUUACUUAUUUGUCUUGCUGUGGGAAGAGGCUCACGGAUGGGGAUUCAGGAAUGGAAUUUUUCAUAACUCCAUAUGGCUUGAACAAGCAGCAGGCGUGUACCACAGAGAAGCGCGGUCUGGCAAGUACAAGCUCACCUACGCAGAAGCCAAGGCGGUGUGUGAAUAUGAAGGUGGCCAUCUUGCCACCUACAAGCAGUUAGAGGCAGCCAGAAAAAUUGGAUUUCAUAUCUGUGCUGCUGGGUGGAUGGCCAAGGGCAGAGUUGGAUACCCCAUUGUGAAGCCAGGGCCCAACUGUGGAUUUGGAAAAACUGGUAUUAUUGAUUAUGGAGUCCGUCUGAACAGAAGUGAAAGAUGGGAUGCUUAUUGCUACAACCCACAUGCAAAGGAGUGUGGUGGUGUCUUCACAGAUCCAAAGCAAAUUUUUAAAACUCCAGGUUUCCCAAAUGAGUAUGAUGAUAACCAAAUCUGCUACUGGCACAUUAGACUCAAGUAUGGUCAGCGUAUUCACCUGAGUUUUUUGGACUUUGACCUUGAAGAUGACCCAGCUUGCUUGGCUGACUAUGUUGAAAUAUAUGACAGUUACGAUGAUGUCCAUGGCUUUGUGGGAAGAUACUGUGGAGAUGAGCUUCCAGAAGACAUCAUUAGUACAGGAAAUGUCAUGACCCUGAAGUUUCUAAGUGAUGCUUCAGUGACAGCAGGAGGUUUCCAAAUCAAAUAUGUUGCAGUGGAUCCUCUAUCCAAAUCCAGUCAAGGAAAGAAUACAAGUACUACUUUUCCUGGAAAUAAAAACUUUUUAGCUGGAAGAUUUAGCCAUUUAUAAAGCAAAGAAAGACAUUCUGCAUUUAUGUUUCUAUCUUUUGGAGCCCCUUUGGUCUCACUUUUAUAUUAUUAUUAUUAUUAACAUUUAUUUAUUAUUUUUCUAAAUGUGAAAGCAAUACCUGAUAAUUUGGGGAAAAUAGGAAAAUACAGAAAACUUUAAAUGAGAGAAUAAAAUCUCUCAUAAUCCCAUUGCAUAAAAAUAACAAGCAUUAACAUUCAUAUAUUUUUCUUUUAGUCAUUUUUUGAUUUGUGGUAUAUAUAUAUAUAUAUAUAUGUAUCUAUAUGUAUUUGUAUUUCAAAUUUUGGAAUGCUGCUCUAUGUACAACUUGAUAUCUUGGAUUUUUUACCAUUGAACUUUAUGGUGUACACGUUUUCCCCUAUCAUUGAGUAUUCUGCAAAAACAUGAUUUCAUUUACAGUAUUCUGUAAACUGUCCAUGCUAUGAUUGUUCCAUACUUUACGUAAGCCUGUCUCUAUUGUGGGAAUUAUAGGUAGUUUUCAUAAAUAUUGUUUCAAUAAACAUCCUUGGACAU